GAGAGAAGAAGAAGAAGGGAGAAGAGAGAGAAAGAAAGAAUAAGAAGAAGAAAAAAGAAGGAUGAGGAGGGAGGAGGAAAGGAGGAAGAAGAUGAAGUUUGAGGUAGAACCCAGAUCUGGUUUGUAGAGGUAAAGGAAAAGGAGAGACAAAGUGAAAGAGGAAGAAGAAAUGACGUGAUGAAAAAAAAUUAUUAUUUUAAAAUUAAAUAAAAAUGCCAACUAAUGCCAACUCAUAGCUUAAUUAUGAUUUUUUUUCCAUGUCAUUAGUUAAGCAAAAAAUGAAUUGAUUUGCUGGCAAGAUAACGUGAAACUUGUCAUUUAACUGAAACUUGUAAUUUAACUUACGGAAGGACUAUUUUGGUACAGGAUUAUUUUGGUAUCGAAAAUGAAAAGCCUAUACACCGAAUCAGGGCUGAAGGGGCCGGUUAAACGCUGGACAGAUCAUGGCAUCCUCCAAGUUGAAGCUAUUUCCAAGCCCACUUCCUCCGGCGGCAGGAGAAAGAGGUUUACCCAUCAGGCAGCCAACGGCGACGGCUAGAAAGAGAGCCUUUUUAUCUUUUCAGGUGAAGAGUGAGCAAGUGCAAAUACUACAAGCACCAAAAACCGUUACUGUGUCACGGAGAGAUAUAAUGCAGUAUGCAGCCACUAAAUCUCUUGUUGGUUUUGCCCUCCUCUUCACAGAACCUG